UACCCUCCCCCUUAACGUGUCACCAUCUUUUGACGUCGGAAACCACUGUCAACAUCCGCCACCUUCUCCAUAAAUACCCUAAUCUCCCACUUCGCUUACUACCAUAAAAACAAAACAUCAUGGCUCAACAACAUAUUCUCGAUCCACCCACUAGGCAUUCAUCUUCGUUACCAAUCCACUUACAGUUCAUUGAUAUUUGCUACAAACUCAAGACUGAAAAGAACUCUAGCAAUGGUGUGAUCCGAACCAUGUUCAGAUCAGGAGCUAUGGAUACGGGUGAAUCUGUGAUCCAAGAACGAAUCAUCUUAAACGGGAUCACUGGUAUGGUGCACCCGGGCGAGCUUAUGGCGGUUUUGGGUCCGUCCGGAAGUGGGAAGUCUACGUUACUUAACACGCUUGCCGGGAGGUUGCCGGAACAUUGUUUUAGCGGAAAAGUUCUCGCUAAUGGGCGGAAAAUGUCGAAAAUGGUACUUAAACGAACGGGUUUUGUCACGCAGGAUGAUGUUCUUUACCCGCAUCUUACCGUUCGGGAGACGUUGAUUUUUUGUGCUCUACUCCGUCUUCCCAGGAGUUUAUCCCGGCAGGAGAAGACAGAGGUGGCGGAUUCCGUUAUUGCGGAGUUAGGAUUGUCCAAGUGUAAAAACACCAUAAUCGGGAAUACGUUCAUCCGUGGAGUCUCAGGUGGGGAACGGAAGCGUGUGUGUAUUGCACACGAGAUGUUGAUGAACCCGAGCUUGUUGAUACUAGACGAGCCGACGUCGGGUUUAGACUCGACGGCGGCUCACAGGCUGGUGUCCACCUUGGGUGGGUUGGCCCACCAGAAGGGAAAGACGGUGGUGAUGUCUGUUCACCAACCGUCUAGCAGGGUGUUUCAGAUGUUUGAUUCGGUUUUGGUUUUGUCGGAAGGCCGGUGCAUUUACUUUGGAAAAGGGUCAGAAGCUAUGAGUUAUUUUGAUUCCGUUGGUUUCCGGCCGUCUUUUCCGAUGAAUCCUGCCGAUUUUCUUCUUGAUCUUGCAAACGGUGUGUGGCACCAAGAUACAACAAACGACAAAGAUAGACCAAACAUAAAGCAAACACUGAUAUCUUCUUACAAUGAUCUUUUGGCUCCAAGAGUAAAGGAUGCGUGUUCGGAUAUCGCGUACGCGUUAAAAGAUCAUACAUUUGUAAAGAAUCAUGAGACGGACGGGUAUAGAAUACGCAAAUGCGCAAACAGUGUCACGACGUGGUUUCACCAGUUUGUUGUUCUAACCCAAAGAAGCCUCAAAGAAAGAAAACACGAGACAUUUAACCCGCUUCGAGUUUUCCAAGUAAUGGCAGCCUCGUUGUUAGCGGGUUUCAUGUGGUGGCAUUCAGAUUUUCGGGACAUCCAAGACCGACUCGGUUUGUUAUUCUUCUUUUCGAUAUUUUGGGGCGUGUUCCCAUCGUUCAAUGCAGUGUUUGCAUUCCCUCAAGACCGUGCAGUCUUCACGAAAGAACGAGCUUCGGGGAUGUACUCGUUGUCAUCAUAUUUUAUGUCCCGAAUAGUUGGAGACGCGCCUAUGGAACUCAUUUUGCCUACCAUGUUUAUAUGCAUCACUUACUGGAUGUGUGGGCUAAAACCUGACCUCGUUGCCUUCCUCUUAACCUUGUUGAUCUUGCUAGCAUAUGUUCUCGUUUCACAAGGCCUCGGGUUCGCGUUUGGUGCGUUUAUAAUGGACGCGAAACAAGCCUCUACUGUAGUAACCGUGACCAUGCUUGCAUUCGUGUUAACCGGAGGGUAUUACGUGCACAAAGUACCUAGUUUUAUGUCUUGGAUGAAAUACAUUUCUUCAACAUUUUACAGCUACAGGUUACUAAUCCGGGUCCAAUAUGGUCAAGGACGGGAUAUAUGGUAUCUCUUGGGUUGUUUUCAAGAUCGUGGUAGACAUGCAAGCUGUAAGUUUAUCGAAGACGAUAUUGAAGGACAAUUAUCGACUGGUUCGUGCAUUGGCAUCUUGCUUAUUAUGUUCUUCGGUUAUAGAAUAUUGGCAUACCUUGCGCUUAGGCGAAUCAAGGCAUGAACCGUGUAACCGUGUUUUGUGACGUAUAGUAGUAGGACGAAGCGCACAUGAGAUGUUGCGAUUAACGCAUUCAAGAAAAAGUAGUUGAAUAAAUGUAAAGAUCGAAUCUAUUCUAUUUUUCACCUUCUUUGAUGAUGACAGAAAGAAAUGAUUUUUGUUUC